AUGCAAAACAACGCCAAGUCAAAAUCAGAACUGGAGGAUAUUGCUACUGCUCUUUCGCUGUCAACCGAGGGCACGAAGUCUGAAAUUUUAGAACGCAUCAAAGGACACUUGGAGAAUACUCCCGACCUACGCCAGGACCACCGCUUUUCUGGUCUUUACACAUCUCGUGGAAAUCGGGCACCCCAUGAGUCAAACGGUCAUGCUGGAUCUUCAAGAAUUGACCAUACUGCUCCCAUUCAAGCUACACCAUCUCAGCAGCUCGUUCCAAGCAUCAGUCAUGGUUGUAUUUCACUUACUUCCAUGUUUAUUUUGUUGCUGAUAAUGUCUGAAUAG